AAAGAGAGAGAGGAGCAUCUGCAAUUCAAAACUGAGGACACGUACGAGGGAAUAUCUUGCGAUCGUUGGGAAGAAAACACAAUAUAAACAUCGCAAUCCAGGCAGUAACCUACUAUAUUUUUCUCUGGGAUUUAGCUGAUUUAAAUGGUUUCACUGUAGGUAAGCUCUGUUGUGUAGCUUUUACCAGUUCAACUUCAGCGUUCAGAAAGAGGAGAUAACAUUUCUGCUUCAUUCGUGGCUCGUAAACGGAAUGAAUGACCAAGACAAAGGUUGACAGCGGUUCCCCGACGCAUUUUGUCUCGCCGAAAGAGAAGAGGCAAAAGCAGAAGAUGGAAAGCGGCGCACAAGCGCAACCUCCGCCGUUAAACCCGCCGGAGCUGCAGCCGCCCGUGCAACCGUUACAAGUUGCAACCGAGAAAAAGAAAACACACCGGGCACCUUCUCCUGCGAGACCCAAAGAUGUGGCGGGAUGGUCCCUCACAAAAAUCCGCGGAGGUAUCGGCACACCGACGUUGAGCGUCAAACCGGGGGCUAUUUAUUUAGGCGGCCGCGUGUCCAGGCGCAGCCCGGUUACCGGGAAAGACACGAAAGCCGAGAAGAGUAAACCGGCCGGGAAACCCGCGUUAGUGGUGUCUGGCGCACAGAAAAGCACCGCAAAGUCUAAUAAAAGCGGUCGCAGAAAAGUUUCAGACUCCAGUAUCGGAUCGGAUGAUUUGAGUAAAGACUCCGGCUGCGCUCCAGGAAAACUCUCACCCACAGACAGCAGCUCGGAGAUUUCGGACUGCGCUUCUGAGGAAAAUAAAGUAUCCACGGAGGUGCUGAGCAGCGACACCGAGACCAGCAGCCGUGGAGGGAUCGACGGAGACAAAGCGGGAGCGGAACAUGGACUAUCCGAUAGGAGUGAACGAGCUAAGACCAGCGUGGAAAAGGACCGGCUCUCGUUGAGAAUCGAAACCGGUGAGGGGAGCGCCUCUCCCGGCGACGAGCGCUCCCUCACCUCGUUCGACAGUAGGAUGCCUGCCAGCACAUCCUUUGCGUUUUCAGACCUGACCGAAGAGUUAAUGGAUGGUGUGCACGAGGAACUAGUCAGGGAAAUUGAAGAACUCAGGUCGGAGAAUGAGUAUUUAAAGGAUGAAAUGGAGGAGCUCCGCUCUGAGAUGCUGGAGAUGAGGGACAUGUAUAUGGAGGAGGAUGUUUAUCAGCUCCAGGAGCUCCGACAACAGCUGGAUCAGGCCAACAAGAACUGUCGAAUCCUGCAGUACCGCCUCAAAAAGGCAGAGAGACGCAGCAUCCGCGUGGCUCAGACCGGACAGGUGGACGGGGAGCUCAUCCGCACACUGGAGCAAGACGUGAAGGUGGCAAAGGACGUGUCCAUCCGCCUGCACAAUGAGCUUGACGCUGUGGAGAAGAAAAGAUCUCGUCUGGAGCAGGAGAAUGAGGAGCUGAGGGUGAAGCUACAGGAUCUGGAGGUGGCCAAGCAGGUCCUGCAGGCCGAGAUGGAGAAGACCAGAGAGAACUUGAAGAAGAGAGGAGCCAGGCCAAACAACAAACCUGAUAAAAAAGCAUCACCUCUGCCUCCAGAAGACAGUUCAGACCUAAAAUGUCAGCUUCACUUCGCCAAGGAAGAGUCAGUCCUCAUGUGCAAGAAACUCACCAAGAUGGUGAAAGACAAUGAGGCCAUGAAGGAAGAGUUGGCAAAGUAUCGUUCUCUCUACGGCGAAGUCGAUGCUUCGCUUACGGUCGAAGAGGUUGCCGACUCCCCUCACACCCGUGAGGCGGAGGUCAAAGUGCAUCUGAAACUGGUAGAAGAGGAAGCAAACCUUCUGAGCCGUCGAAUCGUAGAGCUGGAGGUGGAAAACCGUGGCCUCCGUGCCGAAAUGGACGACAUGAAGAUCCAAGAGCCUCUGGGUGGGGUUGCAAGUCACCCGCUGCUUUCCUCGUCAUCUGAGAAUUUGAUGGAGUUGCAACGACACCUGCAGUUUGUGGAAGAAGAGGCGGAUCUGCUGCGGCGGUCCCUGAUCGAAAUGGAAGAACAGAACAAGCUCUUGAUGAACGAGCUCAAUCACUACAAAUCUGAACUUCCUGUUGUUACCGAGAUAGAGCCGUCACCCGCAACCAUCACUUCACCCACAAUCAUUCACAAUGCUGCUGAAGAUGGAGGAUCGUGUCUAAAUGAAGGCACCAAUAAAGAGUUGCUAACUGCUAGGCUGCAGAUCGCAGAGCUGAAUGGAAAAGUAAAGAAACUCCAGUACGAGAACCGAGUGCUUCUUUCCAACCUCCAACGGUGCGACUUGGCCUCCAACCAGGGCUCCGGACGUCCGGCACUGGAGACAGAUGCCGAAGCAGGGGACUCGGCCGAGUGCAUCCCGAGCCAGGCACACCGUGAAGGGCCGGUGGGAGAUGAGCAAAUCGAUAUUCUGGAGGAGAAGAAUCAGAAAGUUUCAGGAUCGAGUCAUAUUCAUACCUCCCAGUGCCUCAGUGUCAAAGACCUUCUCGCUAUCCGCGACCAGGCGCAACUCGUUACCUCAGCCAUCCAGCAUUUGACAUCGCCCGACUCCACUAUCUAUCGUAAGAUCACAUCCAAUGAGUCUGCAGAAGCAGUUCUGCUGGAGAAAAACCAGAUCCAGGGUUCAACGCUGCCUCUGAUGGAGGCUCUUCAUGGUCGACUGCAGUCUCUUCAGGCUCAGCUGCACGCCCUCAGCGAGAGGGUGGACAACCUGGGUCAGUGUCCUGAGACAGAGCGUUUGGAAGGGAUAUCCCAGAUGCACGUGUUGUCGGAGUCAGGGGACCUGACAGAUGGUCAAGUUGACCAAAUCACAGCCCUACUGAAGCCCGACUCUAGAGACCAGCCAGACUGUGAGGGCAAAGUUCACCCAUGCAAAGCAGAGGAGAAAGACAGCAACAGGGAUGGGGAGACAGACUCCAAAAAGGGAACCAACGCUGAUCUGCUGUCAGAGCAGGUCGGUGAGCUUCAUGCUCUGUUGUCUGAGGCGAAUGAGAAGGCUCAGGGCGCGCAGGAAGCGUUGUCGCAGGAGAGACAGGCGCGACACAGCGACACGCACAAACAUUCUCAGCUUCAAGAAGAGCAUCAGAAGGCCCUCCUGCAUCGAGACUUCCAGCUGCAAAGUCUGAGCCUUCAGACGGGUCUGCAGCAGAAGCUGUGGAGUCAAGAGAGGAACCUUCUGGUGCAGGAGUCCCUACAGCUUAAAGAAAGCCUGCUCCUCAUCAGCCUCAAACUCCGCUGGCUUCUCAAACAGUGGAGACUCGGCAAGAAACUAGACACAGAGAGCAAGGAUAUUCUGGAGGUUAAUAGUGUCAAGGAUCUCCGCCUCUUACUUGAGGAAGAUGGGCUGUCAGCACACUAUGGAGAUAACAAGAUGUCUGCUGCUGAGGAGCAACACCUCAACCCAACACCCAAAGAGCAAAGCCUUGCAGAGAAAAUCUGCCCGCUGCAGCCUAGCGGGUUUGGCAGUACUCUUUCUGACCUGAAGGUGGCGCUACAAGAUCUGAGCGCUGAGCUCCGUGAGGAGCGUCAGAGUUCGCAGGAGCUAACGCAGCAGUUUGCCCGUGCUAAAGCAUCAUGGGAAGUCGAAUGGAUGGAACUCAAGAGCAUCAUUACUCAGCUGGAAGGAAAGGUGGGCAAGGUAUCUGUGGCUGGGGCUGAAAAGGAUCCUCCCGACCUCAAGGAGGCGCUGAAAAAGGAGCGAGAGGAGCAUCAACACCUGCUUGCGGACUCUUACGCUGCUGUGAUGGACCUCACCAAACAGCUGCAGAUCAGUGAGAGGAACUGGAGCCGGGAGAGGCUGGAGCUUCUAGAGCACUUCAACCAGGAGAGAAGCCAAUGGGAACAACGUUUAAGAGAUACCCAGAGCAAAGGCACACAGCUUCCCCACGAUAAAACCAAAGCUAAGGAAACGUCACCAGAUGCGGCCACUAACAGCUCAGUCUUACAAAGGACCAAAUCGAUUUCUGCCCUCUUGGAAUGCAGGAAUCUGCUGGACACCAGCCUUUUCCUUCCUGGUCAUAAGGUCAUUGAAGUACAAGAGGGGAACCAAUCUACUGCUCAUGCCUUGCUGUUGGCUCGUACCGACCUGAGCGACCUCAACGAGAAGAAUUGGAAGUACCUGACCAAUGAUUCCGCAGUGCUUGAGAAGGGUGACCAAUUCAAAACGUGGGACUGCCCAAGCACCAACUCCAACAGUACCUUUCCGGGGCAUGAAGAGUACGUCCAGAGAAGCUACACUGCUCCGGAUAAAACUGGCAUUCGCAUCUAUUACAGCCCUCCAACCGUGAGGAGAAUGGAGAGGAGGCCAGUCAAAGAAAAGACCCACCAGAACCCCCAGCAAGGGUAUGGAACCAGGGACGUCGCCAUGAUGGAUCCAUCAGAUCAGGUCCCUGCGUCUGCACCCUUAUCAAGUGCUUCAUCGUCGGCUUAUGAGCAGUGGUUGAGCUCACUUUCCCAGCAGCACAGAGAUCUGCUUGAGGGACGCACAGGAGGUUCUGCUCCAUUCCACGGACUGGAGAUUUCAGGCAACCUCAGCGAUGACAUGAAGGAGAUGACCAACUGUGUGCGACAGGCCAUACGCUCCAGCUCCCUGGAGAGGAAGUGCAGCAAAGAUACGGCGAGCCAGACAGUUGGUGUUUCUAGCACAGGAACACAAACGGCGCAGUUCAUCAGCAUUGGCUUACAAACGGAUGGUCCUAUUCCAACAACCAGAUGCCUUCAAGGGAAAGCAUGGUCUCCUCGCCCGUCCACCUCACUUGUUUCUGCACGUUCCCGGCAGAUCUCCUCAUCGCUGGAUAAAGUCCACAGCCGCAUUGAUAGACCCUGUUGCUCGCCAAAAUACGGAUCACCCAAGCUCACUCGCAGGGUCUCCACCUCCUCUUCUAAACUUGAGACAUCCUCCACGUCUUCAAGAGAUCGUAGUGUCUGGAACCUGAACACUCGCUGCAGCUCUCAGAACGGUUCCGCUUGGGCACGUUCCACCACCACCCGAGACAGCCCAGUGCUUAGCGGACUCAAUGAUGGAUUGACCAGUCUCUUCAGCGUAGUGGAACAUUCUGGAAGUGUCGAGUCCUUGUGGAAAGCAGAUCCGUGUCCAGGGAGACUACCCGCUGGAAAACCUUCCUGUCCUAGCAUAGGAAUCGGUCUGGGAGAAGCCGGAACUCAGAAAUAUAACGUGGUACAGGAGUUCAUCCGCAAUGUUUGCAGCAGGACAGGAGCAGUGGGUGUCAUUGAUGAACCGAAACCCGAAUGCCUGCCUGGAACUCUGAUUGGGACAGACAACGUCACAAAGAUUGUUAAUAAGAGGUUUAUGAAAACACAAAGAGAUGAGUUGGUAGCCAACGGAAAGGACGCAAUGAGUACAAGCUCCAACACCUUGGAGGAUUCAGUUUGUGACUGCAACUCACAGACCCCGUCCUGUUUCGCCCGUCACUCCCGCACCACCGCACGACACCCACAAGGCCAGUGCAGGCACCGCGUGCAGGAGUCGUCCACGACAACCGAAGAACGACUGGAUGCCAGUAACGAGUGA